AGCCGGUCGAGCUUUUGACUUGAACAGCAAUCAUUCUUUCAAAAUGCCGUCGACUGAACUCACUACCAAGGUGACUUCUGGAUCGCCUUAUCAGCUUGACAAGAACCAGGUUACCAGAGCUUCGUCUGCACUUCUGCGACACAUUAAAUCGAAGCAAGAGGAAAAGGAAAAGAAUGCGACUAAGAAGACCCUGAUUGGAGACAACGACGAGGAUGAAGAAGACGCACCGCUUCACAACGAAGCCGUCUGGCUCGUUCUCACCACCAAGAAGCACGUCGUGGACAAGAAUCGUUUGAAGCCCGGAAAAAUCAGCAUUCCUCACUCCCUCAAUUCCUCGCCCUCUCUCAGCAUUUGCCUCAUUACCGCAGACCCGCAGCGCGCGGUCAAGAACAUCGUUACCGAUCCGUCCUUCCCUCAAGAUCUCACGUCCCGCAUCGACCGGGUGAUUGGCUUCUCGAAGUUGAAGACUAGAUACCAGAGCUUCGAGAGCCGGCGACAACUUCUCUCUGAGCACGAUGUCUUCUUGGCCGAUGACCGUAUCAUUAUGCGUUUGGUGAACACCCUUGGGAAGAUUUUCUACAAGUCCAGCAAGCGGCCCAUUCCGGUCCGCAUUGCGGAGAUCGAGAAGGUGGACGGCAAGAAGGUCAAGAAGGACCCGAAGCAGAAGAACAACAACACCUCAGAUGAGAAGUCUAGCGCCUUUGCGUCGCCAUUGAUCGUCGCCAAGGAGAUUGAGAAGACUUUGAGCUGUGCCCCCGUGCAGCUCGCCCCUGCUACCACAGCUUCUAUUCGCAUCGGAUCGUCCAAGUUCACCUCGGAGCAGCUGGCGCAAAAUGUCGAAGCCGUGGUCAAGGGUCUGACAGAAAAGUUCAUCACGAAGGGUUGGAGGAACAUCAAGGCUAUCCAUGUCAAGGGCGCAAGCACCAUGGCGAUGCCGAUCUGGCUUGCAAGUGAACUCUGGGUGGAUGAGAACGAUGUGUUGGAGAACAAUGCCGAAGAGACCAAGGCCAUCGAGGGUGGAAAGAAGCGCAAGUCGACAGGCGACAACGAGAAGCUGUUGGAGGACAGCAAGAAGUCCAAGAAGUCCAAGGCCACUGAAGACGAUGACGAGACUGCAUCGUUGACUGCACGGAAACAGAAGCUCCAGAAGCAGAAGGAGAAGGCUUUGGAGGAUGGAAAGGCGUCGAUCAGCCAGAAUACUGGAAACGCAACAAAAGCCAGCAAAAAGAAGCAAAAAAGCUCCGUUCUGCGGGCUGCCCGCUCACAAAUCUAUCCGUCCCGGGCCUGCAACCAACCCUCUCUCUCGGCGCUCGCUCGUCUCCUCUCCACCUUGGCCGUCCUUGAACAGCGGGAUGGAAAGCUCCAACAGUCCUCCCUCUCUGCCGUUGCGGCUGCGCAGAAGCUAGGAGGGUCGGUUACGGCUUUUGUUGCUGGAAAGGGUGUGAAGGGAAGUGCCGCGGCUGAGGCGGCGAAGAUCAAGGGCUUGGAGAAGGUUGUUGCUGUGGAUAAUGAGGCUUAUGAGAAGGGAUUGCCCGAGAACUACGCUCCUCUGCUCGUCGACAACAUCAAGUCCGGCGGCUUUUCCCACGUCCUCGCCGCUCACUCCGCCUUUGGGAAAAGUCUUCUGCCUCGUGUGGCUGCUCUGUUGGAUGUGCAGCAGAUCUCGGAUAUCACGAAGAUUGAGAGUGAAGACACUUUCGUCCGUCCUAUCUACGCCGGAAACGCUAUCCUGACCGUCCAGUCGACCGACUCCACCAAGGUCAUCACUGUUCGAGGCACUUCCUUCCAGGGCACCGAGACCGAAGGUGGCUCCGCUGAGAUUGUUGACGGCACUGACCCUAACGCCCCGGCCCUGACCGAAUGGGUUUCCGAGGAGCUCACCAAGUCCGAGCGCCCCGACCUGGGCACCGCAUCCCGCGUCGUCUCGGGUGGCCGUGGACUGAAGUCGAAGGAAGAGUUUGACCGUGUUAUCGUGCCAUUGGCCGACUCCCUGGGUGCUGCCAUUGGUGCUUCCCGUGCUGCUGUUGACAGUGGAUUCGCCGACAACAGUCUCCAGGUCGGUCAGACAGGAAAGAAUGUUGCACCGCAGUUGUAUCUCUGCGCUGGUGUUUCUGGUGCUAUUCAGCACCUUGCUGGUAUGAAGGACAGCAAGGUCAUUGCUGCUAUUAACAAGGACCCUGAUGCGCCUAUCUUCCAGGUGGCCGAUGUCGGCCUCGUCGGUGACCUCUUCGAGAAGGUCCCUGAGUUGACUGAGAAGCUGAAGAGCCAGGCAUAAGCUAUCAGUUUUAAGUAUAUUUAGUCUUAUGUAUCAUGAUUAUAUCAUUUUGUUUGGUUCUCUGCUUCCUACAAGGCUUUUCUUGGAUGCGGUAUUCUACGAAUGAUACCGCAUAUACCUCUCCUGAGAUUCCUACGACCUCAGCAACGCAUCAGAGCAAACCAUGGCAUUAUACAAGCAACGCAAUGGCCAUUGACUGAACUGGAAUAGUUGUACAGCAAUUUUCAUACUUCGUAUACUUAUCACCUGACCUCACGCGGGGUCUUAAUCCAAAUUGGGAAUAGCGCGUAUCCUAUCGCGGCGCGUCUCAACGCGUCGCAUUAUCGGAUCUCAUGGGCCAUCGAAUUCAAUUGCAAUAGCAACAAUCAAUCUUC